AUGCUCCAUUCCACACUGGCCUUGUCCCUCCUGCUAAUUGCAGUCACUUCCAACCUUGCAAUGGCAAUUAAAAAGGAAAAACGAGCACCUCAGACACUGUCAAGAGGGUGGGGAGAUGAAAUUACAUGGGUACAAACUUAUGAAGAAGGGCUUUAUCAAGCAAAGAAAAGUAACAAGCCACUGAUGGUAAUACAUCAUUUGGAAGACUGUCAAUACUGCCAAGCACUGAAGAAAGCUUUCGCAGAAAAUGAAGAAAUACAGGAAAUGGCCCAAAAUAACUUCAUUAUGCUGAAUCUCAUGCAUGAAACCACAGAUAAAAACCUGUCACCUGAUGGACAAUACGUGCCUCGAAUCAUGUUUGUAGACCCAUCUCUCACGGUAAGAGCUGACAUCACAGGAAGAUACUCCAACCGGCUUUACACUUAUGAACCGCAGGACAUGAUGUUCCUAAUAGAGAACAUGAAGAAAGCACUACGCCUCAUUCAGACAGAACUGUAACCAGUAACAGUGAAAUGAUCAUAACCUCUACGAGGUGAAGCUGCACC